UCGCCUGUUGAUGUCACCCUUAGCCUACUCCUCCAGCAUUCGGAGUCCCCCAGCACACACACACACGCAGAUGGAUAACUUCGCCGUUCCUCCUGGGUUUCCUUUAUGAUCCCGGGAUCUCCCACUUUCCUCAUCAGACUUCAUCUAGCAACACAUGCGACCAGACCGCUCCUCUGCUCUCCUUUCUACCAGCGACACAGCAGCCUGCUACCACCCCGCACCACGACACCUCAACCAGGACUCUUCACCUUCAUCCUUCGCAGACUGGCUACGCACGACGAAGUAAUCGAGUGAUUUUCCAAACGGAUUUCCACCGAAAAGCUCGACAAGUGCAAGUACCAAGACAAGGAUUUCUGGGCUAUAUCGACUAAAGCCGCCGACUUCAAAACGUUUUGUUUUUUUCCACCGCUGUUGAUCCGUCCGUCUCAGCCGUGCCAUAAUGUCCGAGGUGCUGCCUUAUAGCGAGGGGAAAAUGAACGGCUAUGGGGACACCGAGGCCAGUCAGAUAUCCUUUAGCUGCGGGCUCCAGGACACCAAUUCGUUCUUUGGGGCGUCGCAAGCGAAAAGACCCCCAAAGCUGGGACAGAUCGGCAGAGCCAAGAGAGUGGUCAUCGAAGAUGACCGAAUAGACGACGUCCUAAAGGGGAUGGCAGACAAGUCGUCACCUGGCGUUUAAAGGUGAACAACGCCUUGCAAACUUUUUAUUUUGAUCAGCGAUUUAAAGCACCUGUCGGUUGUGCAUGUUCGAGGAUUGUAGGAGAAACGAUGGCACGAAGCGAAGACAAGGGGAAGGACAGGAAUGGAAAGACGUAUGGGAAGAUUGGACGAGAAAGCAGAGGAAGACACCAGAAAAGAGAGAUUUUAUCAUGGGGUUGCUGGCAAUUCUCCAAACGAAAAGCCAUUUUAACUUGUGCUGUGCGGCGUGAUGUUGAGAUGGCGGACCCUGGCUCUGAUGGAUGAACUUGCCAUUACUUCACAACCAUCUUCCAAAAGCGCCGUAAGCAACACAAAACGACAAGUGGUGGCUGAAUCUCAUUUCAAGCUCUAUUUCUAUAGUUGUAUACAAUAGCCUUCCUAAGCUCGAAGACCAUAGUCCCCUUACACGCUUGGCAUUGUUGAUAACAAAUCGGCAACAUCGCAUUCAAGGGAGCUGUCCUUUUCAGCACUGGUCGAACGUAGUGAAUGCAUUCCGAUUGCUGCUAAAGCUUUUAAAUACUGACCAAACAAACACUGUCCAGUAACUAGUAUAGACCCAUUGUAUGUACAAAAAAUAUAUAUAUAACUACACACACACACACACACACACACACACACACACACACACACACACACACACACACACACACACACACACACACACACACACACACACACACACACACACAAGGAUGGUGCAAUGUUAAUAUUUCCUUUCCUAGGCCUAUAUUCAUCUAGGCUCCUUCUGUAAAGAAUAAGCUAGUAAUGCAUAGUCCCCAGGUUCAAAUGAAUUAAAAUGAUACAGGGUGUUUCAUUACCCCCCAUGGUUAACGAUGCAGGUCGGCGCCUUCACGAAACCUACCGACACCAAUACAUAGCUGUUUCACUUUUUACAGACUCCAAAUAUCGAAGGAGGCGAGAUCGGCAAAUUAUGUUUGGAAAAAUAGUCAUGACAUUGAUGGGGAAAUGUUUUAUUUAUUUAUAUUUUGCAAUUAUUCGUGUUUUUUUGUCUUCUAUAAUUAAAAAGUAAUUCUAUUUUCUCCAUCUAUUUGCAUGAACUUUCGCUCUGGUGCCAACACAGGUGCCACCACUCUUACCCUGGCACGCUUCUUUUUAACAAAAUUCAUAUUUGUAUUUUUAUAUCUAAACAAUUGUUAUUGAGAAAUUAUGUGCUAGUCUACCAUCUUACAAUUCAUCAACACAAUUGUGUGUAUUAUAGAGAGGAUAUGCAGAUGGAGACCAUAUAGGCCUAACGGAGAAUCGAAGAGAUUGGGUUUUGACUUUUCUCAUUCAAUAUCAUUUUUUAAAGACUAACUGAAUGUGUUUGGGGUUUUGCACACAUCAAUGUUAAACUAUUAUUGAGAAAUUGUAUCCUGUGACUUGAGCUUCGUUGAUGAAUUUGUUAGAAAAUAGCCAUUUUUUUUUUGUAUAUUGCACUGUUUACGAGGAUCCUCAAAUAACACGUUGGAUUUUGACAGAUUUUGGACAUCAAAGUUGUUUUUUUAUUUAGUUUAUCUUGCACCAUUCUUCUAAGGAAACUCAAUAUGGUUUGUUGUGCAUGAAACCUUAAUAUUUCCAUUAAUGAAACAUUGUUUUACGAAGCAAAAAAAGCAACAGUGUCAUGACAUUCUAAGAAUGAGUCAUUGAAUAUUAUGAUGCCAUUUUCACUGUAUUUGGUGAACAAAUAAAUGGUGAAAGAACAUGUCAAA